AUGGCAGUUGAAUCCAUUCCGAAGGACAAUAUCCAGGGUGAUAUCUGGCCGGGUCUGCCCAAGAAGUAUGAAACUUUCUACUUCUUCCAGAUAAAUAAGGAUAAGGGACCGGAAGAAAACUAUGAAGCGUUCAAAGGCCACCUUCAGGAGUUAAUCCCUAGCAUCACCACUGCUCAACAAGCCCUAGAGGCAAGAGAGAAUAUCAAACAGCACAAAGGGAAAGUAACUGUUUGGGAGGAAGAGCCCUGCCACCUCCCUGUGGCUCAUUCUAACAUCAGUUUUGCCGAAAGGGGCCUGGUCAAGUUGGGUAAAAAGGGGAUCAAAGACAUUUCCUUUGUCCAAGGGAUGUACGCAGAUUUGACAGCGGAAAGUCGAGAUGAAACUGGUGACUACAAGCAACCCUAUACAUCCGCCGAUGGGGUAUUUUUGGUCGCUGGCACUGGUCAGAAUGUUGUCAAGGCCAAGGUGAUACAGAUUGAGGCCCUGUUCGGGGAUAGUAUUACCCGGCUGUUCACCGAAUCUGGACACCCCAGACCAGGUCAUAAUAGUGGGAGAGAACACUUUGGUUUUCGUGAUUUGAUCUCCCAACCCCUCAUAGAGGGUCUCGAUAAUCCUCCUACCGGAGAGAAGGAGCCGAAGCUGGUUCUUCCAGGCAAGAUUUUUAUCGACCGCGAGGGCAGGGCUGCUCCACAGGAUGGCGCUCCAUGGGCCAAAGACGGCAGCUUUAUGGUGUUCCGCAAAUUACGUCAGUACGUUCCAGAAUUUGAUAGGUUCUGCAAGGAAAAGGGUCCCGAGUACCAUAUGUCUGCAGAUGAGUUGGGAGCACGCAUGUUUGGAAGAUGGAAGAGCGGGUGUCCCAUUGAUCUCUCGCCGGACAAGGACGACGAAUCCCUUGCCAGCUGCAAUAACUUCGAUUUCAAACCCAUAAACACUCAAGACAAAUGCCCAUUUACCGCACACAUCCGCAAGACCAGACCUCGUGGAGACAAGAAAGAGGACGAAUCCCCCAUACUUCGUCGUGGCCUCCCCUAUGGAGUCGAAGUCGAAGAUAACGAGCUGCUCAAGCAACAAACCGAGCAGGAUCGUGGAUUGUUAUUCGUCUGCUAUCAAGGGAGCAUUGUGAAUUCAUUCCUAAAAAUCCAAAAGCGCUGGUGCAACAUGAGAACCUUUCCCCCUGGCAAGUACAGCGCCACCAACAAUGAGGAGCCGGGGCUGGAUCCCAUCAUCGGCCAGCCCGGGCCCAACAUCGUCUCCGACAUGAGCAUAGUCGACGGCAAGAAGCAGACUGUUCGACUUCCCCUCGAGCGCUGGGUGUUCAAUCAGGGAGGAGAGUACUUCUUUUCCCCUUCAAUAUCUGCUCUUCGUUUGUUCUCGGGGUUGGAGGAAUAG